AUGAGCGACAGUUAUGCUAGAGCACUCUGUCGUAUUGUAGUUGCUCAAAUAUCACAUGGACUUAGAUUCUCUGCAAUAUCACAGUCUGCUUGUGAAUCACUGACUGAUAUAAUAGCUUUAUAUAUUGAAGAGAUUGGAACGAGAGCAAGAGAGUAUAGUGAAUUAGCGAGUAGAUCUGAAUGUAACUUUCAUGAUGUACAUCAGGCAUUCUUGGAUAUGUCGAUCGAUAUGAAUGAGUUACAACGUUUUCUGAUACAGGCAGAUGAGAUACCAUUUGCAAAGACGAUACCUCCAUUCCCUCUGCCAGCAAGUCGAAUUGCCGAGGCACAACAACUACAAAGCAAGAAGCAAUUGUCAUCAGCUACUAGUACUACUACUACAAGUAGUACAGGUGGUAGCAACAAUAACAACAAUGCACAGACAUCAAGUACAAGUAGCAAUGCACAAUCUUCAUCAUCAUCAUCUGGUGCCAAUAACAAAGAUGUCGAAAUGGUUGAUGGUGAAGCUUCGGGCAACAAGGACAAGGAAAAGGAGGAGGGAGCAGACAAACAAGCUGCUGCCACCGCUGCAGCAGUCGAGCUUCCAGCACAUGUACCUUCAUUCCUUCCACAAUUCCCAGACAAACAUACCUAUUCCAAGACACCACUCUUUGGAGAGGUUAUAACAGACCCACAUACACUCAAGAAGACAAAGAACAAACAAAAGAGGAAGAUGGAGAGGAAGUUGGCAGACUUGUCAACGAUCACCAAUCCCAAUAUCAUCACUCCAUCACUCGAUCCAACAAAGGAUCCAGGCAGAAACAAACAAAAGAAUGUCAAUGGAAAUCACAACAACAACGAACAACAACAGCAACAACAACAGACAGAGCAACCGGCCAAGGGUAGCCGACAUGCCAACAAAGGACAGGUCGACGAUCCAAAUCGCAUUGCACCAACACCGCUACAUGAUAUCAGUAGCUCUUAUUACAUCAAGCAUGGAGAUGACUCGAGGAAGAUGGAGGAUCAGCCGAGGAGAGUGCUGCUGUCCGAGGAGGACAACGAGCGUGUCAAGAAGAAGCUAAAGUGCGAGAGGAUUCUGUCGAUCACACACGAGAACACAGCCACUGGCUCCCAGGCAUUUGGUCGAGAUGGUCAGUCUCGCGAGGACAUGGAUGACGGUCGAGAAACAAUCGUACCAAACAGUAGCAGCACCAGCAGCGUCGGCACCAGUGUUGUUGGCGUAGUAGUUGGCGGACCUGGCGCUGGUGUUGGAGGUGGAGGUGGUGUGGGAGUUGGUGGAGGUGUUGGAGUUGGAGUAACAAUUGGAGCAGGAACCAAUAACAACAACAACAACAACAACAACAAUAGCGGAACAAUCAUUGAGAAGGAGAAGAUCUGA